ACACUUCCUCCCCUCAAACUCCUCUCUCUACGGUUUCUCCGCCCCAUUCCUUCAUUAUUAGGCUUUUUUUUUUUAGAUAGGAACUUGGAGGAAGAACGCACCUUUUUAAUGGCGGAUGCCACCAAGCACUUUCCGAUCAACGGUGGAGCUUUCAUCUCCGACCUCUUUUCCAUCAUCAAAACUAGGAGAACAGUCGCUUUUGCAUAUGGGUUAAUGCUUGCAUUCUUGCUUUUCACUAUUUUUUUAGCUUUUAAUCCUUCCCCAAACCCUUCUGCUCCUUGGUUUACCAACUUCUUCACCGCCGGGAGCUCUCACUCCGCCGUUGCAUCCUCUGAUUCUUAUAAAUCUCAAUUUUCUUCCUUUUUCUCUCACUUUUUCUCCAAUGAUUCUUCUCAACAGCAAGAACAAUACCAACUAGUUCGUAACGUUACUUCUUCUCUCCCUACACAAGCGAACACCACCGGAUCUACCAACACCGGCUCUGAAUCUCCGGUGAUCGGUAAAGAAUUACCCAUUGUGGAAAACAGUAAUAUUACACUACCCAGUUCAAAUAACACUACUUCUCAGAACCCCAUCACCAGUUCAGAACAACCAGUUGCAGUUUUGCAUGCAAAUCAGAUUGCAAGUGUUCCUGUUGGGAAUAAACAAUCCCCAAAUACAAGCAAUCAGACUCAAUCUAGAAGUGAUUCUGCUAAAGUUCAAAGCUUCAACUCUAAUCAGACAUCAAUUCGGGCCCCAAAUGCAAGCAAUCAAACUCAUUCUAGAAGUGGUUCUGCUGAAGUUCAAACCUUGGAGUCCAAUCAGAUAUCAAUUCCGACCCCAAAUGCUCCAGUUCCGGUGAACCAGAGCACAAGUUCUCAGGCGAAUUCUCCCGGGAACGGAGAAAAGAGUGUUGUGGAGAAAGGGGUUGGGGCGAAUUACACAAUUGCAGCUUCUCUGUCAAAGAAACAGGGAAAUGGGACAAAACAGAGCAAUGGUAGGGAUUCAGGGGCGUCGGCGAAACAGGGGGUUGAGAAUUUGAUGCAGUCUUUGAUGAAUUGCGAUUUGUUUGAUGGAAAUUGGGUUAGGGAUGUUUCAUAUCCGCUGUACAAAGCUAGGUCUUGUCCCUUGAUUGAUAAGCAGUUUAAUUGCAUUCUCAAUUGAAGGCCUGAUAAAGAUUAUCAAAAAAUGAAGUGGAAACCUAGAGGAUGCACUUUACCAAGGUUGAAUGGAGCUCACAUGUUGGAGCUUCUGAGGAGGAAAAGGCUCGUUUUUGUGGGCGAUUCCCUGAAUAGAAACAUGUGGGAAUCUCUGGUAUGCAUUUUGAGAAGUGCUGCAAAAAAUCCAAAGAAAGUUUAUGAAGCUCACGGAAGGUCGUAUUUUCGAGGGGAAGCUUCUUAUUCCUUCGUUUUCAAGGCAAG